AUGAGGUCUGCGACCUAUUUGUCGGCCAUGGCCGCCAUGCUGGCCACUGGAGCUGUGGCAAAGUCGGAGCUUACAUGGAGCCACGUCAUGUUUGGCGACAUUCCUGUCAUGCUUGAGUCUCGUGUAGACCCCAUCGUCAACCCGGGCGAGCCUUCUAUGCAUGUACACAGUGUAAGCGGGCCGAACAACUUCAACAUGAACUCGACUGGCGAGUCCCUGUCCAAGGCAAAGUGCACUUCUGCGGACGUCAAGGGUGAUAUGAGCGCAUACUGGAUGCCAAAGGUCUAUUUCCAUGAUGAGGAGGCCGGACACUACGAGCCCGUCGAUGUCUUCUACAUGAAAGCAUACUACCACUUCAGGCCUACCGAUGACAAGAUCGUGGCUUUCCCGCUGGGUCUACAGAUGGUUUCUGGCAACGCUUCGCUGCGGGAGGCUCCCAAGAGCAAGGGCAAAGUGGGCUGGUAUGUCGAAAACGGCGUCGACCCUCAGCCUGCUUCUUUCAGCUGCCCACGCUCGCAAAAGUCCAUAGCCGCUUCCCGGUAUGCCUGGCCGCAGGAUUCUGAUGGAAGCAAAGGUGGUUUCAUUAGCUCGGACCCGAACAACCUGGAGAAGGGUGUUGGCUUCCCUUUCGCCGAUUGUGACGGCUCCAACUCUCCUCUUCGUGCUGAUCUCCACUUCCCAUCCUGCUAUGAUCCGAGCAAGGGCUUGACCAACUGGCAAGAGAACAUGAAAUGGCCGGUCAUGGAUUUCACUACCUGGAGGGAAAACUGUCCUAAGGGAACCAUCCACGUCCCGCAGCUCUUCCUUGAAGUCUACUGGGACACCGCAAAGUUCCGCAACCGCUGGACGCCCAACUCUGGCAAGCAGCCUUUUGUGCUGUCCAACGGCGAUCGCACUGGUUUCUCUUUGCACGGCGACUUCAUUUCGGGUUGGGAUGAGAAGGUCCUUCAAAACAUGAUUGACGGUUGCAACGCCCAGCACGCUGGACUCAAGACAUGCCCCGGUGCUCAGGAGAACAAGCAGAAGUGCAAGAUCGACGACGACAAGCCCGUUAAGGAGGAGGUCGUGGGAAAACUCAAGAAGCUUCCUGGCGAGAAUGGUCUUUUUGGCUGGGGAAUCACCGCCACCAAGCCCUCUGGUAACGAUAGUUCCCUUCCAGACUACCAGGAGACCUCGAAGCCGGUUUCCUCGAGUGCCGCACAGCCGAAGGUCGAAGCAAAGGCUCUUGUCCAGGAGCCUCCGGCGGCGCAAGUGACGUCGCCACCGGCCCAGGAGGUGGUCACCCCCAAAGUUAUACAGACUACUGACGCUUCCGGAAACCCCACGCAGUCAACGGCGUGGGAAACAACGACAAAGUGGGUGACAAAGACGGUGUACGAGGGGGCGACAAACAGUCCGAUGGCAACGGGAAACCCAACGACAAAGCCAAACGCCGCUGGGUGGGCCGCCGCGGGCUGCUACCGCGAUACGCGUGACAGGGUUCUGCGGGGCGACCAGCGCCCGGCUUUGGGUCCGAUGACGAACUCCAAGUGCGUUGCCCACUGCCUCAGCAAGGGCUUCACCAUUGCCGGCACCCAGUACGCCAGCGAGUGCUACUGUGGCAACGAGCUUGCGGGCACUGCCGAGAAGAUCGCAGACACGGACUGCAGUAUGGCUUGUGAGGGCGAUAAGGCAGACAAGUGUGGCGGCGAUUGGGCGCUCAGCGUCUUUGCCAAGGAUACCGCCGCUCUUCAGAAGAAGUCGGUCGAUGUCAACAGCCACAACAAGAGACACUUGCACAACCACAUGCUUCACCACCGGAGCAAUAAGGAACACUUCCACCCUCGCCGGAGAUAG